AUGGCGGCCGCAGAUCCGAUCGAGGAGACUCCUCGGAGGCUUGCCGCGUUCGGCGUCUACGUCUCCAUCAACACCGGCUUCGUCCUCGUCGCCGCACUUCUCACCGUGUGGGCGCCGCAAGCUCGCGGCUCAGGGCUGCCAGCGCUAAAAGCUUACCUGAACGGAGUGCAUCAGCGCAAGCAGUGGGCGAGCCUGCCGGCCCUCGUGGCAAAAUCCAUCGGAAUCACCCUUGUGGUAGCGACGGCGCUGCCGCUCGGCAAAGAAGGCCCGAUGGUGCACAUCGGGGCGAUGGUUGGCGCCGUCGUAUCCCGCUCCAAGGUCUGCGGCCUCGAGCGCUUCCUCGAGCUCCGACUGCCGCGACCGCAACGCGAGUGGGUCGGCAUGGGCGCAGCUGCAGGCGUCGCCGCCGCCUUCAACGCGCCCCUCGGCGGGAUCCUGUACUCCUUCGAGGAGGUCUGCUCCUCCUGGAGCGCCAAUCUCACGUGGCGUAGCUUCAUUUGCUCCGUCGUCGUUGUGACGACGCUCAGCCUGUUCAUCCACUUUGUCCCGCUGAUGCACAGCGAAGGCUUCGUGCUCGGACUCGGCAGCAGCUCGCACGGCCCCUCCCCGCCCAUCAACUCACUCGCAUUUGUGUGGAUGGCGCUCCUCUCGCUCGCCGGGGGCAUUCUCGGCGCGCUCUACAACGACCUUGUGGUUCGAAUCAACCGGCGCCGCAAUUCGCUGCGGCUGGGCCCAUUCGGCCGUGUCGCCGAGGUGGUGCUCCUCAGCGUGGCCGUGUUCAGCGUGUACUUUUGGCUCCCCGUCGCCACCGCGUGCGAGCCUUGCCCGCCGUCGUCGGAGGCCGUCUCAUGCGGCUCGGGAGGAGCUCACUCCGACGACGCUCACGCGAGCAUUACGCUACACGGCUUCGACUGCGCUGCCGGCCACUACAGUCCCAUGGCAACGCUGAUGCACAGUGGGCAGGAGGGCGUGAUCAAGCACCUGCUCUCACGCCAUCCGUCCGCCACGCCGCCCUUUCCGCCGCUCACCCUCGGGCUCGUACUCGCCGUGUACUACCUGCUCGCGAUCGCAUCGAUGGGGAUCGCGGUUCCCGCGGGCAACUUUGUCCCCGGCAUCAUCAUCGGCGGCGUGCUCGGCCGCUUGACGGGCGAGGUCCUCGCCGGCGCGAAAGUCCCCGGCUCGGGAGCGACGGACUUUCCGGGCGUGAUGGCGCUGGUCGGCGCCACUGCGGUGCUCGGCGGGAUGACGCGGAUGACGCUGACGAUCGCGGUGAUCCUGACCGAGAUAACCGACGACGUGCACUUGCUCCCUACCAUCAUGCUCGCCCUCGCCAUCUCAAAGGCCAUCGGCGAUCGCAUCUCGCCCUCGUUCGACGAUGGAAUGAUUCGGCUGAUGAGGCUGCCCAUGCUCGAGGAUGCGCCGCCGGCGGUGCUCGAGCCCCUCGUGGCCCGCGAUGUGAUGGCAGGGCCGGUGCUCACGCUCAAAGAGCAGCUCCUAGUGGGCGACGUUGUCCAAAUCCUCGCCUCCAACAACCACAACGGCUUCCCUGUCGUCGGGGUUGGCGGCCACAUCGUUGGCAUGCUAGAGCGACGGCAGCUCCUGGUGCUGCUGCAAGAGCGAGUCUGGACCAUUGGGACCUGGGCGUUGACGGCCAGGACGCGCAUGCGCUUCAUCACUUCGCAGGACGGCAGCGAGACGGCAGGCAGCCGCGGGAGUCGGCGAGCCGGCGGCGCGGUGCACGCGCUCUUGGCGCUCGACCCCCGGGAGAAGGAGCGUCAAAUCGACCUGCGCCCAUUCAUGGACCCGUCGCCAAUCUUGGUGGGCGAGCUCACACCCUUGCCGCGAGUCUAUCGGAUGUUCAACGAGAUUGGGGUGCGCCACUUGCCUGUGGUGGACAAAAUGAAGCGGGUCUCUGGCAUCAUCACGCGCAAGGACUUGCAGCACGAGUCGGUCGAGAAGCGGCUGGAGGAAUUUUGGAUGUCCAAGCGGGGCGGACGGUGGGCUUGCGAAGACUCGCACGCGGCGCAGCCUUCUCCGGUGGGCGACCCGCAAUCACCACGUGCCCGCGUGGUGGCGGCCGAUACGUCGGACGAGGAGGUUGAGAUGCUGCAGCCCUCCAACAGAGAGGCGGAGCAGGCUCGGCUGCUGUCGUGCCUUACCGCCGACGAGGGCGAUGGGCGCAAGCUCUCCUCCGCGCCCGCCUCAUGCCAGCCGACCCCGCAGCGACGAGCCCCUGCACCGAUCUAA